UGCGCCUUCGUCUUUAAUCGAGGAAGUGCACAGCACAGGGAGUUCAACAGACAGAGAAGGGUUUGUAGUUUUGUCUCUCAGAGAAGACAAAUAGCUCGUCUGCAUUUCAAAAUGUCCGGAUAUGAUGACAAUCCGUUCGCGGAGCCCGUCAGUGUGAACCCCUUUAAUGAUCCUUCUGUAACUCAGGUGACCAACUCCAGCAUAGAACCAGUUGACCAGUACAACCCCUUUCCUCAGUCUAAUGACGGCCUGGCGAUACACACCACCCCCGCUGUUCUCCGCACACAACAGCCCUCCACGUCUCCUGCCGUCUUACAGCCGUCUUCAGAUCCCAGCCCUCAGGCGUCUGCAGCUCGCGCUCAGGCCGACCUGCUGAGGCAGCAGGAGGAGCUGGAGAGGAAAGCUGCUGAGCUGGACCGCAGGGAGCAGGAGCUGCAGAGCAGAGGCUCGACAGGAAAAGAAAACAACUGGCCUCCACUUCCCAAGAGUUUCCCCAUUAAACCGUGUUUUUAUCAGGACUUUUCAGAGGAAAUCCCAGUAGAAUACCAGAGAGUCUGCAAAAUGACCUACUACCUUUGGAUGUUCAAUUGUGUGACUCUGUUCCUCAACCUGCUGGCCUGCAUGGCUCACUUCAUCACCGACUCCAAGUACGGUGUGGACUUCGGCCUCUCCAUUCUUUGGCUCAUCCUCUUUUCUCCAUGCUCUUUCAUCUGCUGGUACCGGCCCGUCUACAAUGCUUUCAAGACUGACAGCUCGUUCAGCUUCUUCACCUUCUUCUUUGUGUUCUUCUGCCAAGUGGUGGUCUUCAUCAUUCAGUCUGUUGGCCUCCCUAAUUGGGGCAACAGUGGCUGGAUCGCAGCCAUUUCCAUCAUAGGGUCCAACAAAGCAGUGGGAGGCAUCAUGAUCAUUGUGUCCAUCCUCUUUACUCUGUGUGCUGCGGUCUCCAUCAUCCUCCUUAAAAUGGUGCACAGCAUGUACCGUCACACCGGGGCCAGUUUCCAGAAAGCCCAGCAGGAAUUCUCCCAGGGCGUUUUCACCAAUAAAACCUUCCAAAGUGCCGCCACAGGGGCAGCCUCUUCUGCUGCACAGGGAGCUUUCCAGGGAAACAACUAACUGUAGACUGAUGUGACUUCCUGUGAAGGGUCCAGGUCUUUAUGUUAUGAGGUGUAAAUGAUUUCAAUUAAAGCUGCAUCAUCAGGUUGUGCCAAACCAAUGGAGAAGAGCUGCAGGCUCCUGUCCUGUGAUGACCUUUCCUCUCCUGAUUGCAGCAAAAUUUUACUCUGACCUCCUAAUGUAAAGACCUUAAACAUGUAGAAGCUUCAACGACGGCUUCUUGUCUUUCAUCCCCAUUUUAAGAAUUUGACUUUUUACACACGCAGUGAGAAUCAUCAUCCGUCUGCAUUUAAGUGUAAAAUAGUAAAGCAGUGGAGGGAAAGUCACAGGUCUGCUGCAACAGGGGAGUAAAAUUAUAAUGAAGUUGACUGAUUGCUAUCUCAGCAUGCCUUUGCUUUGUAUGUUUUGUGUUUUUCUUUUUGCAGAGCUCUUGAGUGUUUAACCGUGUGAAAGCGUAUGAUUAAGGCAUUUAUAUGGGUGCAAUAUGUUGUCCUCUGACAGUAUCCCAAUCUUGUAAUUGCAGUGGGAUGAAGCAUUUGUCCUUUGACCUCUAAACGCUCAAAAGCAUUUCCUCUUGGUGUUUCACGAAGCGAGAAAAAAAAGAUUUGAAAAACAAAUCCGGGCUCCAAUGUUUUGAAUAAUGCUGUACAUGUGGAUUUUAUUCAGCUGUGAUGUAAAUUGAGCUACACUGAGUUUUCUGUUUCCUUCAGUUAAUGAAGAUCUUGUAGAAUGCAAAUGUUCAGUACAUGUUCUCAGUCUUACCUGAAUCUCCACUCCGCUUUGAUACCAGCUGUUUUUUGAAAACUCAAACUGUAUGAGUCAUAACAUAGAUGUGCUGAUAGACAUGUCCUCUCAAUAUGUAAUUCAUUUAUUCAUUUGACAGGGCUCUUUUUGUUUCCAUAUUGCUUAAGAUUUUUGUGAAUAUAAGGGUUGGACAGUUAGAUCUCGGAACAAAGAGGAAAUGCCAAGAUUGAAACUUCUAUUCAUGAGCGUCUUGACAAACUUGAAUCAGAUUCACAAUUUCCACCAUUUCAGUGCGCGUUUGCAGAAACACAUGAACACACGUGAACCUAUGGAGCAGGAUCCUGCACUGAUUCUUCCUUUUCAACCAUAAUUCAACGGUUUUUGAAUAUUUUCUCAACAUGUUUGUUAAUUUGAAAGUGAUGCUUUGUACCAAAAAAAGGUUUAUUAGAUAAAGGAAUGUAGUGUUAAAAUGCACUUGUUUGCAUGUAUUGGGAGAACACAGUUUAGUCACUUGUAUUUCAACAAUUUCACAGCUAAUAAACAUUUCGUCUCUCAUGUG